AUGGAUUCGCGCUUCCCUGUCACCCGCGAAGAAUUCUACAGUGUCCAAAUGGACGUGAAGCAACUCCACCUUGUCCAGAACAACCAUGCUGAGAGACUGUCGCGUCUUGAGAAGCGGCAGGCGGACGAUGCGGCUCUGAAAUCGGUUUGGAACUCGCCAUUUCCCAGCGCACUCGGUGGCACUCCACAGCACGGUCCCAUCCAGAUGCCUCCCACCGAGAUGUUUGAUGACUUUGAGGAGCAGGGCCAGAAUCUCCUGGGCAGCCUACACCUGGAGCCUGAAGAUGAGCCGGCGAGACGCGGCGCCGCUUCCAGAGCCAACAGUGUUCGAUUCGACGAGAGCGCCUUGCAAGGCUCCAGUUGGGCGCAAAAUGGUCGACACUCGGGCGACUUUGGUCCUAUCCGACCAGGAAGCGGCAUGGGCAACAUGAUGGAGCGAACACUGUCGCACAAGUCGGACGGUAGACACAGCUCGGCUGGCCAUUCGGUCCACUCGCUUCACUCGCACCACUCUGUGGCUUCUGGCCGGGCUAGCAGCCUUGGACUCGACACCAACUUUGCCACUGCUGGGACUGAUGAGGACUCGCCUAUCAGCAUGCCAGAGCCGCCCCCGGGCUUGUUCAUCUUAGGGUCUGUACCUUCCAUCAUCCGCUGCUGGCUAACGCCAAACUUCGCACACGAUACCCUCCUGUACGCGGAUAUUUGCACAGGUUCACAGAGGUCGGUGCUAGAGUUUUCCCUGGUCAAGGAGCUGGACUUGGCAGACGCGGUCCACAAAGAUCUCGACGGGGUUCACCGAAUUCGACUACCUGUAUACCUGGCCGAAGCCACUGUUGCUUCCACAAGCUCUCGAGGCACAAGCCCUGCACCCCAGAUGCCUAGCCUCAUAGCGAACUUCGAGGUGGCUGGUUUUGAUCAACCAGACAUUGCGGAGUCAAAGAAAUGCAUUCGCAUCUUCCUGGGCAGCGAGACGUUGCGUGAACACUCGGCCGACAUUCUCUUCUCACAAAAUCGCAUGACGCUGUAUGGGACUGAGCGAGAGAAGCUAUCGGUACCUUUCGUGCGCCCCGAGGACAAUGCCACUUUCAAGAAUAUUCGUACAAUAGCCAUUUUCCCCGAAAAGCCGAAGCUGAAUGCUAACGCUCGCUCUUUUGUCUUCGGGGAGCCAAAACAACCAACAGUAGCCAAGUCGACCAACGGUGUAGACAGGAAGGAAUCCGACAUAGAUCCCGACUCGCAAGAACUGCUGUCUCCCACCUCCGAGGCACCCGUCAGACCCCCAGCGGAGCGUGGACUUAGUACCAUGUCAGAGAGUGGUGGGGAGGGAGAGAAGCACUUCAAGGAAACCAGCGGCUCGGACGUGAGCUCCAAGGAGCAAGUGGCAUCAAGCGACACAUACACUGAGACUUCAGGCGAUGGUGCUCGUCGAGAUUCAACGACUGGUGCUAUUUGGACAUCUUGGCGGCAGGGCUCGGCAGCAAAUGGCCAUGAUCAGAAAGAGAAUGCGCCAUUGAGCGGAUAUCAGCCCGCGGGCCGUGGACGGAACAUGAAGGUCUUGAAGCCUAGCAAGCCCAGCUCUUCUUCAUCUGCUCGAACUGGUGCAGCUUACGAGCCACCUCCGCCGCCCAGAAGCAGCGGCGAACAACGGCGCAAGAGUCAGCCAGCAGCUGAAAGCACACCAAGUACAGCUCUUAGAUGGAAGUCGGAGCGAACUCCAACCGGUGGCACAGAGAGUAAGCCGAUCACUGCAUCAGCAACUCGCGACACUCGAGCAGUAUCUAAUGCAACCCGCACCUCGGCCAAUCCAGUCGGCGGUGCGUCUGCCUUUUCGUGGAUGAACCCCUCGAGUAAACCAAAAACCCCUACUACAGCUGCCGAGUGA